UGCAGAUGAGGAAGUUCUGUGUUGAGGAGAGACUUUUUGUAACCCUGCUGAAUUGAAAAGCUUGUGACACAAAGGAGGAUGAACCUCGUGAUGAAGAUCUCUCGCCGUUAUGCUGAUUGAUUACUUUGAAGCCAUUUCAUUUGGUGAUGUGUCUAAUGCUCUCUAAACAAAGUCUGUGAGUAAAUGACUUUCUUCAAGUGCUGGACGUGACUGAGUUCAGGACACCGGACAGGAUUUCUAAGUGGACGACAGUGCUCUCAAUCUGAAGAAAUUCAUGUUCGGUGAAGCUCCUCCCACAACAACCACAUCAUCAGUGAAGCCCCUCCCACAACAAUCACACAUUCAGCAAUAAAUGCUGGAAUAUUGCCAUCAGUUUACAAGUGCAGACGAGCAUCAGAUCAUCAGGAAGAGCUGAAAUCUGCACAGACUGAGUUUAUUAAAGAGGACAGAGAGAAGAUGAGAGAUCCAGAACCCUGCAGAAUCAAACACACUGAAGAUACUGAACAACAAACAGAGAUGAUUGAAGACAAUGAGGAGAAAGAAGAAUUGAGUGAAUUUGAGGAGAAAGAUCAUGUCAGAAGUGGAGAAAAACCCAAACAGAAAGAUUUAAAGACAAGAAGAGCCAAGAAAUCUUUCACCUGCACUCAGUGUGGAAAGAGUUUCUCAUACAAAUGUCUUCUUGAGGUUCACAUGAGGAUUCACACUGGAGAGAAACCGUACGAUCAGUGCGGGAACAGUUUCACACAAUCAGCAAAACUGAAGCAACACAUGAACAUCCACACUAGAGAGAAGCUGUACGCAUGUGAUCAGUGCGGGAAAACAUUUUUGUCGAAAUCAUACCUGAAGCAGCACCUGACAGUUCAUACAAAGGAGAAGCCACAUUCAUGUCAUUUGUGUGGAAAGAGUUUUACAUGUUUACAAUAUUUAAAAGACCAUCAGAAAAUACAUAAUGCUGUGAGAGACUACAUGUGCUUUGAGUGUGAAAAGACUUUUACUACAUCAAUAGAUUUGAAACGGCACCAGAUGACUGAACCUUACGAGUGUUCACACUGUGACAAGAGAUUCAGACUGUCAGGACAACUGAAAACACACGAGAGGAUUCACACUGGAGAGAAACCGUAUCACUGCACUGAUUGUGGGAAGCGUUUCAGUCGAUCAUGUUCUCUGCACACACAUACAAAAAACAAUCACAGUAAUUAGAUCAUCUUCAGAUCCAGCACUUUCAGGUAAUGAUGGCACUUCCAAUAAUGCAUCAAGCAAUAAAAUAUCAUCUGGAUAAAUCAUUCCUUGCCCUCCAUUACAUGUGAACGGACACAGAAACAUUAUCUAAUGUUUUCCCAGUGAAUAAAGUUCAUCUUCAUCUUAAAAACCAGCAGAUUCAACUGUGAGAUUCAGAUCAACUCCAAGAUGGAGUUCCUCCCCAAAGAACAAUGUCAGAAAGUUGUAUUUUUGUUUAUCAUUUUUCAUAUAAUGAUCAAUAUGUUUAAUAAGCAGGAUUGUAAGAAUAGUAACACCAUUAAAGGGGUCAUCAGAUGCCAGAAGUUGAUAUGAUUCUUUAGGGUCUUAAUGAAAAGUCUAUAAUAUACUUUGGUUAAAAAUUCUCAGUGGUUGUGUAAAACAAGCUCUGCAAAAAUCAUCUCAUUCUGGUCGAGGCUGCUUUAAAUGCAAAUGAGCUCUGCUCGCCCCGCCCCUCUCUUCUCUCUGUGGAGUGACGAGCCUGUUUACUUUAGCUGCUUUUAGCCACUUUUAGACGCUAAACUUGCUAACUAGCACAUUAUUAGGAAAGGUGAUCAUAAAAAAAAAAACCUUAUACUCACUUCUGCUGUAAGUGAAGCUGGAUAAUGAAUGAUUACAUAGACGGAUAUAUGUAGAUCUUGAGGCGCAUUCCUUUCACAAACAAACGUAAUCCACUGCAUCUUCAGCGGCUCAGAUGUCAGGAGUAAAUGACGACCACUAUGUUCAUUAUUACAUCCAGCAACACAACACCUCAAUCGCUCAAUCAGAGAUAUUCUUGUCUAACUUACAUCCCUGCUCCGGCAUCAAAACGAAGAGGUCGGACUGUUACAGCUGAUCUGAGGUAAAACGCUCAUGUCAAUCAACUAUCGUGGGAGUGUCCUCUGUCGCAUCUGAGAACGGCUCGAUUUUAAAAAAGGGGAUAUUAUUUUUACAGAUUAAUUAAAAAUCACUGCAUGGAUUUUUAUCAUUAUAGGGUAGAUUUGUACAUACACUGACAACACACAUUAAUGUUCAAACAACAUGUAAAAGUGAACUUAGCAUCCGAUGACUCCUUUAAAACGUUACCAAUACCUAUCCCUACUUGUAAGUCAGUAGGAGAGAGAGAUCCAGCUCAUUUUUGAAUUUGCUCUGAAUAAUUGUUGAUUUAAAUGUUACCUUUUUUAUUAAUACAUUGUUGUCUUUAAUUUUUAUAUUUUAUCAACAACUUUUAUUGUCUGCUGAUUGUAUUUAAGUCAGGGGAAAGUCAUUUUUUAAUUUUAAUGUCUGAAAGCUGUGAAGUAUUGUAAUUACUAUUUGGGCUUUGAAAUUUCUCAAUAAAGCUUUUAUU